AUGAAAUUAAAUGUUCUUUGUAUAUGUAUAAGUAUUCCUGCUCUAAGUGCAUUAGCUUUGUAUUGCUAUAGUAUAUUGAGUACACGAUGGAGUAAUGUGAAUCAUGAUCUGAUUCGUCAGCACAAACGAGAUAGAGAAAAAAAUGUUCCACCCAAUGGUCUAGAAUAUCAGCUUGUUUCACAUUCAUUUCGUUCACGUUACGGUCUUCUUGGAUAUUGUCUCGAUUAUGAAUGGUUAGAUUUAUUAACAUUAAAAGGACAAAAACAAGAUCAACAAUAUCGUUAUGAACAGGAUGAAUUGGCAGAUAAUGAACAACAAAAAUCAACACCUUGGUGUAAUCGGAUGUGUGAUCCAGCUUUAAAAUGUGAAACAACCGGAUGUUGUUUUAUUCGAUGUAACAAUAUUCCUGAAUGUCCAGAUUUUUCUGAUGAAAAACAUUGUUUACGUCAACAUAAUGCAUCAAAAUAUUAUUGGCCAGAAAAAAAUUGUAUAUGGCAUCAACAAAAUAUAUUUCGUUUAUUAACAUCACCAUUUAACAUUGAAACAUCAAAAACUAAUCCAAAUUAUCAUUCAAUUGUCGCUCAUCUUCGUCAUAAUCAUUAUCGUUAUAUAAUUAUGGUUAUUUUAUUUUGUUUAGCUGCAUUACUUCUUUGUUUAUCAUUAUUAGCACUUGUGCUAAUUAAAUGUGUCGAUCGUUGUGUUAGUGUACCAUUUGGAUUAGUCACUUUAUUAGCAUUUUUUUCAUUUUUGAGUGGAUGUGGAGGAUUAGGCUUAUUUCUAUAUCAAUGGAUCCAUGAACGUAUGCAUCGUCCUGAUUUUGCUUAUACAGAUCAACGAGAUGCCAUGAAAUAUGCAUUUAAUUUUUGGAUAGUAAAUAUUGAAUAUUUGGGAUUAAGUUUUUGGUUAAUGAUUGGUGCUGUUGGACUCUCAUUAUUGACAACAUUAUUAAGUUGUUGUAUAUGUUGUGGUUUACAAUCUGACAGAUCAAUAUUCAAAGUUAAUGCGGCGAAAAAGAAGUAUGAAAUUAUACAAUAUACACCAUAUGAAGACCGUUAA